AUGCAUCGAUCCGCACUGCAUGUCUGGUCUUGCUGUCAAACAAGGCUCCGUGGGUGCUUCUACAACUACCAUCUCCGGCGUCUCUCAAGUGCUGGCACAGUGCCCGUGGCCUACAGCGACAAACAGGUCAUAGAGACCUUGGAACCAUGGCCAGACAGCAGUGGAAAGGCGCUGGCCAGAAGGGAGGUGGGCGCCAAAGACAUCAUUGUCGACGACCUUGCUGCCACACUUGAAGCACAUCGAGCAUCGAACAGAGCAGCUGUCAUUCGAAAGGUCAAACCACGCGCAAUUGAUCCCGCAGGACCAAUACUGCGGCCAUUGCUGGGUAUGGGUGUCGAUGGAGGUAGCAAGGUCAAGAAAACACACGAAGGGAAGGAGCAUGAACCGGAUCAGAUGUGGCCAGCAGACUCUGUGCAGGCCAAAGAAAGAUACGGAAAGUCAGGCUCCAAUGUCUUUGUCAAAAAGACCGAUCCCUUAGAGUAUACUGGCGUUGCACAAUGGCCCAAGCAGCCUUGGAAAAUCAAGCAGGGCUUCAAGGACAUCAUGUCAAUGCAGCGGCCCUGGCUGGCAUAUAUGGAAACUACGAAUGAAGACUACCUCGAGCGCCUGACGAACGAAAUCAAAGCCUAUGAAGCCUACAUGAAAUUAAGUCCACAAGAAGAAGCGGCUUCUCAGCUCGUUAUCUCCGACGUCAAUUCAGUCGCGUGGAACGAGUCAGAGAUCAAGCCAUUGAAUUUACUCGGAUCUCGAAGCACUGGUCUGGCCACACCAGCCUCCGAUUUCGACUUCAGCUUGACACUGCAGAAUGUUCUUCCGGGAGGUUGGAAACUUCCACCCAGCGAGGCUGGCGUGCCUCAAGCGCAAUCUUCAAACCAUGACAACAAGCUCAAGGCUGUGAAAGCGUUAUGGAAGGUCUACGGGCACUUUCGCUCCUCAAACAAGUUCAGCAAUACCGACUUCGUCCGGUAUGCUCGUGUCCCUAUCAUUCGGUCUGAGCAUGUUGCUACAGGGCUAGACGUCCAAAUUCAGACAAUGGCCCCGUAUCAAGCUGCGCAAGAAUAUACUGCUGCAUACCUAUCCGAGUUUCCGUCGCUGCGCCCCUUGUACAUCAUCCUUCGGUACUGCCUUCAGCUACGAGAUCUGACGACAGUCUUCGAGGGCGGUCUUGGCUCUUAUUCUAUUUUCAUGAUGAUCGUCACUGCCAUGAAGCACUCAAGCGGCAAAUUCGCUCCAGACGAUCUUGCCGGUCAACUAUUGCAUGUGCUGGAGUUUUAUGGCAAGGCAGACCUGUAUAAAGUUGGCUUUUCGGCUAAUCCACCACGUGUCUUUGCCAAGGGAAAGCAAGUGUGGUCCAUGGAAGAGCGGAUAGCGCAGAGAGCUUACCCACAACUAAGCGGCAUCCGUCAGAUUCAAAAGUUCAACACACGGAAGCCAUAUCUUCUGUGCCUACAAGACCCAGCUAAUGAUCUGAAUGACCUAGGCAGUAAUGCGUAUGCUAUCAAGCACAUUCAAGCUACCUUUAAUCAGGCAAGGAAGAGCAUCCAAGCCGCUUUGGAGCAACAAAACGGAAAGUCAGAUGACAGGGCAAAGGGCGGGAUAUGGUCUUGCUUGGACAAUUUAGUAAGGGCAAACUACAGACCGUUCGAGGUGAUCCGGAGCAGAGUAGAGCGAUGCGCAAAUCACAGCGAGCGACAUGACCGAGACUACUCGAGAGAAAGGAUCAGUAGAGAAUUUAGGAAGCGGGUUAGCAUCGCAGAAGAGGACGACAAUCUUCCCAAGCAAGCGCUAGAGGCCAUCGACAGAAACGCAGUUGAAGGCGUUGAUCCCGAAGAUGGCUUGAGUGAUGGUAAGAGACUUGCUCGGCCUCGUAAAGAGCUUGCUCGCACUCGAGAAAGUCAUGCCAGAACCGAACGUAGACAGGCAAGAGCAAACGCCAUCGCGGCCAAGAAAAAAGAGGAAUUACAGAGGCUGCAUGGGACCAAUAAUGAUGAAUACGGCUGGGAACCAUCGUCACCAAGUAAUCCGAAACCAUUGCUCGAAGCCAUUGCGGCGCCCAAGCUUGCAUUGGCAGCAAAAACCACUGCCCCCAAGCGCGCACUUCAUGCACAGACGCAGAACCGAGACGGGAACACACAGAGGACGGAGACGUCUACGCCCAAUGCGUCCCGCAACGACCUAACCCCGACGCAAAACUCUCCCGAGAGCCCCCCCCCUAAUUUCACACGGAAGGGCGAGGCUGCAACGCUCGUGAGGAAGACGGAUGUGAACAAGUUCAGUAUGCGGAGGGCUAUGAAGCCUUCGUGA